GGGCUAUACAAGAGACAUCAUCUCUUUCCUCGAAUGCUUUCUCACUCUAUCUUAAAGUUCAUAUUUAGAACUUCUAAUUUGAUAGGUUGGGCGGACGUAAAAACUCUAGAUGCCCCCUUUCUUCCUUCUAGCUGCGCGCCUUCCGUCGCUUCUCCUCCCCCUCUUCUUUGCCUCGCCUAUUACUUGCCUCCUUCGCUGACGGUUGCACAGGCUUGUCCACCUAGGGUAAGGGGCUUCUUCCCUUGCACUGUUAAAUCCUACCAUGCAAGAUCUGUACCUCCUGGAAACAGCAAUGGUUGGUUUGGUUUGGUAGGUGUCAUUUGAGAUUCAGGCCCUUGUAGGGGUUUGCCUAAAAUAAUCCUUCUUGAUAGUG